AUAUUAUAGCUACAUUCAUUAUUUUAUAAUAAUAAAUAUUAUAAAUAUUUUAAUAUAAAAUAUCACAAAAAAAUGGAUGAACUACAGAAAUUGGAAUAUCUUUCCUUGGUUUCGAAGGUUUGUACUGAGUUAGAAAACCAUCUCGGUAUGAAUGAUAAAGAUUUGGCUGAAUUUAUUAUUCAUCUUUCCGAGAAGAAUGGUACAUUUGAAUCUUUCAAAAAGGCACUCAUAGAAAAUGGAGCUGAGUUUUCAGAUUCUUUCAUCUCAAAUUUGCUAAGAAUUAUUCAACAUAUGAAACCAAAGAAAAAUAAAACGCAUGUUGAAGCUGAUGUAUAUCUAAAAGAAACUCUGGCUACCAAAUUUCCUGGUUUAGCUUUACCAAAUGAAAAACAAAAACCUUUGUUUAUAGAUGAAGAAGCACCUGCUGGAGAAAAUGAAGAUGAUGACAUUGUAGCUGACCUAAUGAAACAGUUUGAAGCGGAUGCCCCUUCAAACAAUCAAAAGCAAACAACAACUAAAUCUGGAAGUGCAAGUCCUAUAGAAAGAAAACGAUCAGAUAGGUCAAGAAGUAGAUCUGGAUCUAGACCAAGAAAAAGACGAAAAUCUAAAUCAAGGGACAGGGACUCUAAAAAGGACAAAAGGCGAAGUAGGUCCAGAGACCAGAAGAAAAACAGAAGAGAUAGAAGUGGUUCUAGAAGCAAAAGAAAUAAGGAAAGAAGUAGGUCUAGGAAUAGGAGAAGCAGAUCAAGGGAUAGAAGAAGUAGAUCAAGAGAUAGGAGAAACAGAUCUAAGGAUAGAAAAUACAAAAAUUAUUCUAGAGAUAAAGAUAGAAGAGAAAGAAGCAAUUCGAGAGGCACAAAACGGGAAAGAAGUACUGAGAAGAAGUUCAAAAGUGAAAAAGAUAAUCCAGAAUUUGAAGAAGAUCCUACUCCAGGAAAGAUAUAUAAUGGAAAGGUCUCAAAUAUUGUACCUUUUGGAUGCUUUGUCCAGCUGGAGGGACUUAAAAGGAGAUGGGAAGGCUUGGUUCAUAUUUCACAACUUAGAGCAGAAGGCAGAGUUACUAAUGUAUCUGAAGUAACAUCUAGAGGGGCUAGAGUAAAGGUCAAAGUAUUGACAGUAACAGGCCAGAAGGUGUCAUUAUCUAUGAAAGAUGUCUGUCAGAUUACUGGUAAAGACCUUAACCCACAUUCUCAUGCUCCAACUGAAAGAGAAGAUAGGGAUAGAAAUCCUGACAGGCCUGUAAACAGCAGUACAUCUGUGUUGAGACUUCCAGUAAACAUAGAUGAAGGAGAAGAAGACUCCCGGAAAAGAGUAACAAGAAUUUCAAGUCCCGAGAGAUGGGAAAUAAAACAGAUGAUUUCAUCAGGAUGUAUUGCUAAGAGUGAGUUACCUGACUUUGAUGAAGAAACUGGAUUGUUACCCAAGGAUGAAGAUGGAGAGGCCGAUAUUGAAAUUGAGUUGGUUGAAGAUGAAGCUCCAUUUUUGCAAGGUCACGGUAGAGCCUUACAUGAUCUUAGUCCUGUAAGAAUAGUCAAAAAUCCAGACGGGUCGUUAGCCCAAGCUGCCAUGAUGCAAUCCGCUUUGGCUAAAGAAAGACGGGAACAGAAAAUGAUUCAGCGGGAACAGGAGGUCGAUUCCCAGCCUUCCGGUAAGAAUAAGAGUUGGAUAGAUCCUCUUCCAGAGGACGAAUCAAGAAUGAUGGGCAGAGGAAUUGGCUUACAAGUUCAAGAUUUACCAGAAUGGAAAAAACAUGUAAUAGGUGGUAAAAAAUCAUCAUUCGGUAAGAAGACUAACUUAACAAUAAUAGAGCAACGUCAAUCCUUACCAAUAUAUAAGCUCAAAGAGGAAUUACGAAAAGCCGUAACCGACAAUCAAAUUCUUAUAGUUAUUGGUGAAACUGGUUCAGGAAAAACAACACAAAUAACACAGUACUUAGCUGAAGCUGGAUUUACAUCUAGAGGAAAAAUUGGUUGUACUCAACCAAGAAGAGUAGCAGCCAUGUCUGUAGCUAAGAGAGUUGCUGAAGAAUUCGGUUGUCGUUUGGGACAAGAGGUUGGUUACACCAUUCGAUUCGAAGAUUGUACAAGUCCCGAAACUAUGAUAAAAUACAUGACAGAUGGUAUGUUAUUAAGAGAAUGUCUCAUGGAUCUAGACCUCAAGCAAUACUCGGUAAUAAUGUUGGAUGAAGCUCAUGAACGAACUAUCCAUACAGAUGUUCUCUUUGGAUUAUUAAAACAAGCAGUCAUGAAACGAGAAGAACUGAAACUGAUAGUAACCUCAGCUACUUUAGACGCUGUAAAAUUUUCGCAGUAUUUCUUUAAAGCGCCCAUAUUUACUAUUCCCGGUAGGACUUUUCCCGUUGAGGUUUUAUAUACAAAAGAGCCAGAAACUGAUUAUUUAGAUGCUAGUUUGAUAACGGUGAUGCAGAUACAUUUGAGAGAACCCCCAGGAGAUAUUUUACUUUUUUUGACUGGUCAGGAGGAGAUUGACACUGCUUGUGAAAUUUUGUAUGAGAGAAUGAAAUCUUUAGGUCCGGAUGUACCUGAACUUAUAAUUCUUCCUGUGUAUUCCGCCUUGCCUUCAGAGAUGCAGACAAGAAUCUUCGAACCAGCGCCACCUGGGAGUAGAAAAGUUGUGAUCGCUACAAAUAUAGCAGAAACGUCUUUGACGAUAGAUGGUAUCUAUUACGUAGUGGAUCCAGGCUUCGUAAAACAAAAAGUCUACAACUCCAAAACUGGAAUGGAUUCGUUGGUAGUUACACCAAUUUCGCAGGCUCAAGCAAAACAACGAGCAGGUCGUGCUGGUAGAACUGGGCCUGGUAAAUGCUACAGACUAUAUACAGAGAGAGCAUACAGGGAUGAAAUGCUUCCCACACCUGUACCUGAAAUUCAACGAACCAACCUUGCAACAACAGUCUUACAGCUUAAAACGAUGGGUAUCAACGACCUGCUUCAUUUCGAUUUCAUGGACGCUCCACCGGUGGAGUCGUUAAUUAUGGCUUUGGAACAGUUACAUUCUUUGUCAGCGCUUGAUGAUGAAGGAUUACUGACAAGGUUAGGACGAAGGAUGGCAGAAUUUCCCUUGGAACCAAAUCUUUCAAAGAUGUUGAUAAUGUCAGUUGCCCUACAAUGCUCAGACGAAAUUCUUACAAUAGUCAGUAUGUUAUCUGUUCAAAAUGUAUUUUACCGGCCAAAGGAUAAACAAGCAUUGGCAGACCAGAAAAAAGCAAAAUUCAAUCAACCCGAAGGUGACCACUUGACGCUUUUGGCAGUAUAUAAUAGUUGGAAAAACAAUAAAUUUUCUAAUGCUUGGUGUUACGAGAAUUUUGUACAAAUCCGGACAUUAAAGAGGGCGCAAGAUGUGAGAAAACAACUGUUAGGAAUUAUGGACCGUCAUAAAUUGGACGUAGUAUCCGCCGAAAGGAACACUGUGAGAGUACAGAAGGCCAUCUGUUCUGGAUUUUUCAGGAACGCUGGAAAAAAGGAUCCUCAGGAAGGUUAUAGGGCACUAGUAGACAGUCAGGUUGUUUACAUACAUCCUUCAAGUGCCUUAUUUAAUAGGCAGCCAGAAUGGGUAAUUUACCACGAACUGGUGCAAACAACUAAAGAGUACAUGAGAGAAGUUACAACCAUAGAUCCAAAAUGGUUGGUCGAGUUCGCUCCUGCCUUCUUUAAAUUCUCCGAUCCUACAAAACUCAGUAAAUUUAAGAAGAACCAGAGGUUAGAACCAUUGUAUAAUAAAUAUGAAGAGCCGAAUGCUUGGAGGAUAUCGCGAGUAAGAAGGAGAAGAAAUUAAAUAUAGUUCAUUGUUUUUUUAUCGUGUAAAUAUAUAAUUAUAUUUAAUUUGUACAGAAAAAAUCUUUAACUUUGUAUAUAUAAAAUAUAGGGGUUUAAAG